AUGGUGUGCAAACUCGGCAUUACGUCCAUGUCCCUUGGCCGGUGCUAUGCCGGCCAUUCAUUUGUUGCGAAGCUAGACGCUGCCCAGAAGUAUGGGUACCAAGGCAUCGAGCUGUUCCACGAGGACCUCGCCGACGUUGCUAAGGGUGGCGACGAGUCCAUGUCUUUGAGUGGCCCGUCUCAGAAGGCCCAACUCGCUGCCGCUCGCGAGAUCGCUCGUCUUUGCAAGGAUCGUAGCAUCGAGAUCAUUUGUCUCCAGCCUUUUAGCCACUACGAUGGACUUGUCGACCGCAACGAGCACCAAGAUCGCCUGAAGCAGCUCAAGUUCUGGUUCAAUCUCGCCCGCCAGCUCGGAACAGAUAUCAUCCAGAUCCCCGCCAACUUUCUUCCGGCCGACAAGGUGACGGGUGAUAUCAGCCUGAUCGUCUCGGACCUGCGCGAGGUCGCUGAUAUGGGCCUGGCUAUGAACCCGCCCAUCCGCUUCGCCUACGAGAGCCUCUGCUGGAGCACCCGUAUCGACACCUGGGAGCUCUGCUGGGAAGUUGUGCAGCGUGUCGACCGCCCCAACUUCGGCAUGUGCCUCGACACCUUCAAUAUCGCCGGUCGCAUCUACGCCCGACCCCGCUUAAGUAUUCGGGGCAAGACGGAGAAACGCCGAGGAAAGCCGUCCCGCGAGUCGAUUCGCUGA